AUGGUCAACUUGGCUGUCUUCAGACGGAAGAGUAGAAAAACCGAGCGGGAAGUAGAAUUGACGUUUGAAAGUCAUGUCCAUCAGUCCAAAAAAAAUGCCAGUUCUGGUGGCUCUGAAACGACCAAGGUCUUGACAAUGUGCUGUUGUUGCGGGGCGGCCUUGAAGCAUCCCGAUGGCGAGCAUAAGCUGAAAUGCAUGCGAUGUCACACAACGAUAGAAUUGGCCUCCACAACGGAGACGUCCGCAAAACCGCCGUCUGUCUAUUCCUAUCGCGAUUUCCAAGAUGUGGUGUCGGCUUGUAACGAGGAAUUGGCCAGGAAAAGAGAGACGUUGGGCGCAGCGUUUGAGAAAUGUCAUUUGCGCGACGCUUUCGUCCCACUUGAGAAUUUCUUGGAAAGACUGUUUUCAAGCGUCAAGAACGUUAACAGUUUCUGCAGCGUAGCUUUGCAUUACGACCCAAAACAAGUGUCAAGUUUCUACGCUGCGAUUCUUCAACUCCCUACUAAAAAGCCAUUCUACAAACUGUUGAUAUGCAGUAACGAGCGUCUCAAAAAACCACGAAUUAAAAUGUUAAGAGAAGAUUCGGUUUCGAACUUCAAAGACCUUUCAUGGAUUCUCAUGAUUUUAGAAAACCCGCUUCUUCGACAGAGUCUCAAAUUUGAUCAAACUCACAAACCGCUGACGCCGCAUAUACGUGCAAUUCAAUAUGAAGUUCUGAAACGGGCCAUCGGUUAUUUGGCACUCGUCAAUGACUCUACGGGGAAAGAGCUGAUUGGGUACUUGGCGCACCUGGGGUACGAGCGUUUUGAUGAACAGGUCGAUUUGUUAAACUUAUAUUUGACAUUCCAUUUUUCGAGAAUUCUUCGCAAAAGAGCCAGGAAGGAGGCAUGCUAUGGAAGUCCAGACCUGGAAGAAUUCUGUUGGGACUCGAAACUCAACGCAAAUCAUCCUGAUAACGACUUUGAAACUAUCCCACGAAUGGUAACCAGAUUUCUCACCAGCAAUGGCCAUCUGGAACGGAAUUUACCGGCCAAUUUCAAAUUCAAUUUAAGCGAUUAUGGAAACGACUGGCACAUCGGUACCGCUUCAAGGUUAAUGUACUUUUACUAUCUCGUAAGUCAGCGAAAGUAUAAGUGUCCGGUAUCGCGGUUCUACAAUAUGCUUUCUGAUUAUUUGGACUAUAAGAAGGAUUAUGAACAAUGGAGGUCAAAACUCAAACCUUAUUCAAACAGUGGAUCCAUAUCAUUUGUUGACACACUCGAUGGUCUGGCUUUGUCAACUGGCAAAAGUUCAGAAACACAGUUUACAAUGUGUCAGUUUCCAUUUUUGAUGACAAUGGGAAUAAAGCUCUCAAUUAUGGAGUAUGAAAUACGAAAGGAGAUGGAACAUAACGCCGAACAGGCAUUCCUCAAAGCCUUGGAUAAGAAAAAAGUGAUUGACGUCUAUUUGAGAAUAAGUAUACGCCGAGAUCACGUGGCUGAGGAUUCUUUACGUUGCAUUGAGUCUCAUCGGUCCGAUCUUGGUAAAUGUCUCCGGGUCGAGUUCAUAGACGAGCCCGGUAUCGACGCUGGUGGACUACGCAAAGAAUGGUUUUCUUUGUUGACCAAGGAAUUAUUUAAUCCCGAUAACGGAUUAUUCACUGUGGUGGAGGAAAGUAGGUAUUCAUGGUUCAACAUGGCUUACGAGGAUUUUGGGAGCAGCCCCGAUAAUGCGUCCAAACUUUACUACCUAUUUGGCAUUGUACUGGGUUUAGCUAUAUACAACGGGACGAUCUUGGAUGUAUACUUCCCGAGGGCACUGUACAAAAAACUAUGUGACGAGCCGCUCACCAGAAGUGAUUAUUUUGAGCUUUACCCUGAGACCGGAAGAAAUCUCAUGAAAAUGGUAGAUUAUAAGGAUGAUGACUUUGAAGAUGUGUUUGGCUUGAAUUUCGAAGUAAGUUAUCCAGAUGCUUGGAAUUCCAAAAUUCACAGAAAGGAAUUAUGCCCCGAUGGGUCGAAGAGACAAGUGACGCGAGACAAUUGUCGCGAGUAUACAAGACUUUGGAUGGACUUCAAUUUGAAUCGAGCAAUAGCUAACAGCUUCGAAGUUUUCCUGCGUGGUUUUCGCAGGGUUGUGAAGGGUGAUGCAUUUCGUUUAUUCAAUGCAGCAGAGCUUGAGCUGCUGUUAUGCGGGAGUCGGGACAAAGAAAUUGACGUGAACACAUUGCAAAGCGUUACGAAAUACGGGAGUGGUUUUACGAAAAGUUCGAGAGUGGUUGUUUGGUUUUGGAAUAUUUUCAAUGAGUUUGACAGUAGUGAAAAACGGAAACUUUUGGAAUUUGUGACAGGAUCGGAUAGAAUUCCAGCGACUGGGAUUUCGACGAUUCCUUUCAAGGUUUCUCGUCUAGGAAAUGAUUGUAACAGUUUACCACUUGCGCAUACAUGUUUCAAUGAGCUUUGCAUCUAUGAUUAUGGCGAUUGUAGGAAACUGAGGGACAAGUUGUUGAUUGCAAUGUAUGAAUCGGAGGGUUAUGGUUUUAAAUAG